AUGGUUGAAAUUCGCGAAGAGAGCACGGAGCCUUCGGAUCGCGGAGCCAGCAGCUCGACUUCUCAACGCUCUGAUGGCUCGACCCCCCGUCCAACGCCUUCAUCUGCAACGCUAUCGCAAUUUGUGAAAGAGCACACUAUGGAUUGUGUGCUAUUUGCGACGCGUAUCUUCACGAUAUUCUUCGCUCUCUCUUACAUUUUGCCUUUCACCUCGAGCAACACGCAACAAUCUGCUUACUUUAAAGCCUUUGCUGCAGCGGCCGCUACGAAUGCUCUUCGUUUACAACAACGAAUCGGCUCAGUAUCGUUUACACGUGAAUUUUUCGCUCGCCUGCUCUUGGAGGAUUCGUGUCAUUACCUUUUCUACUGCGUUCUUUUCCUCACCUCUUCACCAUUGACGAUGGCCUUACUGCCAAUCGUUUUAUUUGCCGCGUUGCAUUCGUCCAAUUUCUUUGUGACUAUGAUGAACACUACUGGAAACGGGGGAAAUCCAUUGGUGCAACGCGUAGCAACUUUCACUAGCUUGCAGACACAAAAUUGUUUGGGAAUAAUCGCUUGCAGUGAAAUCUUCUUGGCUCCACUUCUAUUUUCAAUGAUCUUCAUGGGAAAAGCCAGCCUCUUCACUCCUUUCGUGUUCUAUCGAUUCUUGACACUUCGUUACGCAUCGAGGCGUAAUCCAUACACCAGACAAGCGUUCUAUCAAAUGCGAGUUUCAUUGGAUCAAAUUGCCGCUCAACCAGCGUGUCCAACCAUUGUUCGCACCUUCGUUCACAAAUCGAUCUCUGUGAUUUCAAAUCUUGCUCCUCCAGUU